CAGACAGACAGACAGACAGACAGAUAGACUGACAGACAGACUGACUGACUGACUGAGAAGGAAAUAGCAAUCUCGGGCUUGGUGUCUGACAUAGUGCAAGGAUGGGGGCCACAUCACCAUCCCAAUUGUCCGGAGAUCGCUCAAAACGUUUGCGCCGAGAUAAGCCUGGGCCGGGAUAAUGCAUGGCCGAGCCCGUGGGCGUCUUCCUUCCGAAUGGCAUGGAUUUCGGGUCAGAGCCCUGGCUCGGAGCAUCCUCAGCCAGCCCCACGCCGUGGUUGUGCCGGGUCAAUACCAACACCACAGCAACAGGCCCCUGAAGCUGGUGGCAGGCGGCCCCCAACCACAUCGGUUCAUUCCGCGAGCUGAUAGCAUCAGGUCGACAGCCGAGAAUAGCGAUCAGGUCGACAGCCGAGAGUAGCGAUCAGGUCGACAGCCGAGAGUAGCGAUCAGGUCGACAGCCGAGAGUAGCGAUCAGGUCGACAGCCGA